UCCGUGCUUGCCAGGGAGGUUCUCUUGGGUAUCACUGGCAAAGACUUCGUCAUUAUGGCCGCAUCAAAGGCCGUAAUGCGAGGCCCGACCAUCAUUAAGGCCGAGGAUGACAAGACACGGCAACUGAACCCCCACACGCUCAUGGCUUUCUCCGGAGAGGCUGGAGAUACCGUGCAAUUCGCGGAAUUCAUCCAAGCCAACAUCAAAUUGUACUCGAUGCGCAACGAUACCGAACUCAGCCCCGCCGCCGUUUCCAACUUCGUCCGAGGAGAGCUGGCACGCAGCUUGCGAUCACGAAGCCCGUACACCGUCAACCUGUUGUUGGGAGGUCUGGAUCCCGUCACUGAGGAGCCCAGCCUGUACUGGGUGGACUAUCUCGCCUCGCUGGCACCUGUACCAUACGCCGCCCAUGGCUAUGCCCAAUACUACUGUCUUUCCCUCCUCGACAAGCACCACAACCCCAACAUCUCUCUCGAAGAAGGCAUGAAGCUCCUCGAGAUGUGCACAGAUGAGCUUAAGCGCCGGCUACCUAUUGACUACAAGGGUGUCUUGGUGAAGGUAGUGACGAAGGAUGGUGUUAAGGAGAUCCCUUUCGAUAACGAUCGUGUUGCGCGGAGUGCUUAA